AGAGCUGGCGAUGGGGGAUUUGGCAGCAGCUCACCCUCACUGGUGCUGGACCAGCCCAGGUUCUGACAUGGGAGCUGUGGAAAAGGGAGCUAAGCACCUGGCCCGUGCAGGGUGAGGAGCAGCUCCAGCUCAGACAAGCCCGGGCCCUCUCUGAGUCCACAGCACAGACACACGGCGGAAUGCCGGGGCAGGGAGUGGUCCGGGGAGGCAGGCCCAGGAUGGAAGCCAGCCCGCCAGUGGGCUGGACAGCACAGGGGCUGCUCCCUCUUCUGACAGCCCUGGGCACUGAGGAGACAGCUUUCUACCAAGGAAUUCUGUUGUUCGCCCAUGCGGUGCCGGUCAGCGUCUGUGCGUGCUCUCUGCCCAGCUCCCAGGGGUGUGUUUCCUGAGAAGAGUGCCGGCCGGGGCUCAGCCUCCCCGUGCUCAGGACCCCGCCGGGGGCCGCUGCUUGGCUUGGCACUCAGGCCAGAGCCCCUGGCCCCCACGGGGCAUGUUCCGCUGUGUGUCAGGCAGAGGGGCGUGGGCCCCCUCCCUCCCCCACACAGCUGGCAGCUUCACGGGCACACCGGGAGUGGUGCUUCCUGGGCUAGAGACAAGCACCAGCCUGCACUGGGGAGCUCAAGGCCCAGCUGCCCGGAGGAGCGGCCACGUUCCUGGCGCCCAGGUCCUUCCCGCGGAGGGCGGGCCGACUCCCGCGCCCUCUCCGAGUGCUCCGGAGGCUUCCUGCUCGCAGGCCUCACAGGACUGACUGGCAAGGUGCUUAGUGUUCCCUCACUGGGUGCCUGAGAGCUCUGCCCACCGAAGGGUGAGGAAUCAGGAAGAAGAGGACGCGAGGGAGGCAGCCAGCCAGAGAGUCUGAGGCCCACAGCACUUCCAAGUCAGAAGGAAAGGUAGACUGGCUCUCUGAAGAAAAAUCAUCUUCCUUCCUCCUCAGGGUCCCGUCUUUGAGGAAAGUGCCUCUACUAGAUGAAUUGAGUGUGGAUGCAGAGGAUUCCUUUUUUUUAUGUGGAUAUCUAAUUGCUUCGCUGCAUUUAUGGAAAAGGUCAUCCAUUCCCACCGUCUGCGGUGUCACCUUUGUCAGAGCAAGGAGACAGGGGAGAGAAAGAGAGAAACAUCUAUCAAUUACCUCCUGCACCAUGUUCCGCAAGAAAAAGAAGAAACGCCCUGAGAUCUCAGCCCCACAGAACUUCCAGCACCGAGUCCACACCUCCUUUGACCCUAAAGAAGGGAAGUUCGUGGGCCUCCCCCCUCAAUGGCAGAACAUCCUGGACACGCUCCGGCGGCCCAAGCCCGUGGUGGACCCUUCACGCAUCACUCGGGUGCAGCUGCAGCCCAUGAAGACCGUGGUGCGGGGCAGCUCCGUGCCCGUGGACGGCUACAUCUCGGGGCUGCUCAACGACAUCCAGAAGCUGUCAGCCAUCAGCUCCAACACCCUGCGUGGGCGCAGCCCCACCAGCCGACGGCGGGCACAGUCGCUGGGGCUGUUAGGGGAGGAGCCCUGGGCUGCCGAUCCGGACAUGUACCUGCAGAGCCCCCAGUCUGAGCGCACUGACCCCCAUGGCCUCUACCUCAGCUGCAAUGGGGGCGCACCAGCAGGCCGCCAGCAGAUGCCAUGGCCAGAACCUCAGAGCCCACGGGUCCUGCCCAAUGGGCUGGCCACCAAGGCACAGUCCCUGGGCCCCACCGAGUUCCAGGGUGCCACGCAGCGCUGCCUGCAACUGGGCGCCUGCCUACAGAGCUCCCCACCCGGCACCUCACCCCCUGCAGCCGCCGGAAGGCGUGGGACCAAGGCAGCCAGGCAUGGCCCCGAGGAGGCCCGGCCGCAGUCCUGCCUGGUGGGCUCGGCGGGCAGGCCGGGUGGGGAGGGCAGCCCCAGCCCCAAGACCCAGGAGAGCAGCCUGAAGCACAGGCUGUUCCGGAGCAUGUUCCUGUCGACUCCCGCCACAGCCCCUCCGAGCAGCAGCAAGCCCGGCCCCCCGCCACAGAGCAAGCCCAGCUCCUCAUUCCGACCACCACAAGCCUGUGGCCAAGGCUCCCCCACAAGCCUGGUGGCCAAGGCCCAGUCCUUGCCCUCAGACCAGCCCACGGGGACCUUCAGCCCUCUGACCACCUCAGAUACCAGCAGCCCCCAGAAGUCCCUCCGCACAGCUCCCGCCGCUGGCCCUCCUCCAGGCCGGUCUUCCCCUGCUGGCUCCCCACGAACCCGGCACACCCAGAUCAGCACCAGCAACCUGUACCUGCCCCAGGACCCCACGGUAGCCAAGGGUGCCCUGGCUGGUGAGGACACGGGCAUCGUGACGCACGAGCAGUUCAAGGCUGCACUCAGGAUGGUGGUGGACCAGGGUGACCCCCGGCUGCUGCUGGACAGCUACGUGAAGAUUGGCGAGGGUUCCACGGGCAUUGUCUGCCUGGCCUGGGAGAAGCACUCGGGCCGCCAGGUGGCCGUCAAGAUGAUGGACCUCAGGAAGCAGCAGCGCAGGGAGCUGCUCUUUAAUGAGGUGGUGAUCAUGCGGGACUACCAGCACCUCAACGUGGUGGAGAUGUACAAGAGCUACCUGGUGGGCGAGGAGCUGUGGGUGCUUAUGGAGUUCCUGCAGGGCGGGGCCCUCACCGACAUCAUCUCCCAAGUCAGGCUGAACGAGGAGCAGAUUGCCACUGUGUGUGAGGCCGUGCUGCAGGCCCUGGCUUAUCUGCAUGCCCAGGGUGUCAUACACCGGGACAUCAAGAGUGACUCCAUCCUGCUGACCCUUGAUGGCAGGGUGAAACUGUCAGACUUCGGGUUCUGCGCUCAGAUCAGCAAAGACGUCCCUAAGAGGAAGUCCCUGGUGGGAACUCCCUACUGGAUGGCCCCGGAAGUGAUCUCCAGGUCUCCGUAUGCCACCGAGGUGGAUAUCUGGUCUCUGGGCAUCAUGGUGAUUGAGAUGGUGGAUGGGGAGCCACCCUACUUCAGUGACUCCCCAGUGCAAGCCAUGAAGAGGCUCCGGGACAGCUCCCCACCCAAGCUGAGAAAUUCUCAUAAGGUUUCCCCAGUGCUGCGAGACUUCCUGGAACGGAUGCUGGUGCGGGACCCCCAGGAGAGAGCCACGGCCCAGGAGCUCCUGGACCACCCCUUCCUGCUGCAGACUGGGCUCCCCGAGUGCCUGGUGCCCCUGAUCCAGCUCUACCGCAAGCAGACCUCCACCUGCUGAGCCCACCCCCAGGGUGCACCUGCCACCUGUGCCCACAGGCAGGGGACAUUGGGCAACCAGCUUGCUGGCAGGGCCUGCUUGCCUCACUCUCUCAGUAUUCUCUCCAAAGAUUGAAUGUGAAACCCCACCCCCACCCUCCUGCCCUUCAGCCCACUGGGCCAGGCCGGACCUGCCCCUCAGUCUCUCUCCCCUCACAAGAGAGUCCCCAGUUGCCUUUGGGAUGAUGGAGACCCCUUUUUCAGAAUGACCCUUUGUUAUUUGCACAGGGAUAUUUCUAAGACACACGGAGACCAGCAUUUCUGGACAUUGCAGCCAACACAGCAGAAAAGGCUGCUGCGAUUUUUUUAAAGGCAAUUGUAUACUGGCAUCCCAGGCCACCCAAGAGGGCAGAGUGCCUGUCUUCACUAGGAUACUUGCUGUUCUCAGAUCCAGUUCCAAACCCUGGUGUCUGGAGAGGGUCACAGGGAAGGCUUUUAUUACCUGCACCCAUCGUCUUCCCUUGAUCUGCCUUCCUAAAGGCACAGCCCCACCUGCACCUGCUUCCAGACCCUGCACUGCGCCCUCGUGCACGGCCGCUCCCAGCUGUGGGCAGCCCGUUCGCAGGCCAUGGGAGGGGAAGGGACAUUUUCUGGGUGAAAGAGAAAUACUGGGGCCGGUGGCCAAGGUGGUGUCACUUCACAGGGUGCGGGUGCUCACAUGUGCCCGUGUGUGUGUGAGUGGAGGAAGGCCACCCCCACAGCCUGGCCCCUUCAGUUAGGCAUCCUCGUCCUCUUCCCCACUAAGUUCUGCUCUGAGGGGCCCGGCUCUCCUGAUCUGGCUUCCCACCCCCGAAAGUCCUGUGUCUCUACCCGAACAGUGAAGAGGUCCGUGUGGAGACGAACUCGUCCCGUGGGCUGCGCGGGGCUCCCGGUUUCCCCUGCGUGGUGGAGCCUGAGGGCCUGAGCGUGCGAGGUCGAGGAAACAAACUCUGUUUUACCUGUGAGCUUCAUCUCAACAACCAAGACAUCAGGGACUCUUUCUUUCCAAAAUCCUGGUCUGGGGCAGAGGUGAACCAGCUCCUGGGGCCCCAUCAUGUCCAGAGAAUGGGCACCCCAUUUGUGCAAACCCUCCGCCCCUCACUGCCUCCUCAGGCACCUGUCUCCUUGUCCUCCUCCUACUUCCAGGGCUGUUGUGAGACAGGGAAGAACACCGGGAGCCCAGACCCUAUCUAGAUCGUAUUUUUAGAUUCCUCUGCUCCCUAGUGGCCUGCUUUGGGGCAAAAAAGAAACAAGAAAAAAAAAAGGAUUUUUUUUUAAGGGUCAGAGUUUUGAAAACAAAAGCAUCUUCCCUAGAAACUUUUGUGAAUUGUUUGCACUUGUGCCUGUUUUAAAUUAAACUGAGUGUUCAAAAC